AUGAUUGACCGCUCAAUAGACCCCGAAAAGAAAAAGUACUUCAAGAUCCAGGCCAAUCACAAGGCUACCCCAGGAUCGCAAUAUACCCAAGACUCCGUUAAACGGAAGCGCGUAGAUCAAGAGAAGCGCCAAAGGAAGAUCCAUCUGACGAAAAGAGCCACGAAAGAGAAAAUCAAAAGGGCGGCUUUUCUGUCAAACCCUCUACUGGGAGUGCAGAGGGAGAUUGGGUCUGAAGUUGUAUCUUCCAGCAUCCGACAAGAACAGAGAAGCUUGAUUUACGCAAGCCAGCUUCGUCGAAACCAACUUCACCAAUUCGAGCCCUGGCCUGAUGAGUAUAGCAUCAAGCAUGUGCUGCGCAACAAGCGCUCAGGCAUCUUGAUAGCCAGUGGCCAUCGUGGUGGUGAAUCGUCUGUUUCGGUAUGCUUCCCGGAUUGCGACCAAGAUAAAUGGACAUAUAACCGCACGAUGGAGCGUGUUCUCUUCAAAGAACCCUACAGACUAUCCUCAGUCUCACUAAGCCACACUGGCUACCUAUUGGCGACGAUGGAUAGUGGUCCGAACGGCGACUCCUUCCUGGCACCGCGAAUGCUGCCCGAUCCUGACGAAGGUGGAGAUUACCGGUGGCCCACGUCGUUUUACCAUCCCAUCCGUCUCCGCACAUCAUCAUCCCUAUGGUGUUCGUCCGCCUGCCCAACCGGCGAGAUGCCGCUUUUCGCCGUCGGAACCUCAGACGGACUAUACACACUCGAGGGAUUCGGCAGCUACUGGGCAUUAUCGAAGAAGUCCUUCCCGAACGAUAUACUAACAGGGAAACCGAUUCUACAUCGCCGGGUAGACUCUUCCCAUGCUAUCGUCUCAAGUGUCGAAUGGCUCUCAUCCGACGUAAUAGCCGCUGGUCUCAAAGACUCGGCUAUAUUCCUCCACGACUUGCGCAGUGGAGGCAGCGCAACCCGACUUCAACACCCCCACGCAGUCACUAAGAUGCGAAGAGUAGAUCCCUAUCGGAUCGUCGUGGCGGGUAUAAACUCGCUCCAAAUGUACGACAUCAGAUACCCGGCCAACGGCCUCCAACGCAAUCCACAACCCAACAAAAAACAUCACACGUCAACUAAACCAUAUCUUACAUUUGCGGACUAUUCGCCCGAAGGAAUACCGGAUUUCGACAUCAGCUUGGAACUUGGCCUCCUCGCUAGUGCAUCCGACGAGCGAAAGAUCCAACUCUUUUCUCUCCGAACCGGCGCACAGGUCCCGUCACCAUUAUCAGGUUAUCAAUACGCGAACCCCAUUUCCUCAGUCUGUUUCGAACCCGGGGACGGAUCCCUGCAUGGACCUCAAACACCUAGCUUGUUAGUCUGCGCGCAAGCUACGGUGGAUGAAUGGAUCUGGUCGAACACGCCAAAGACGAAAUGA